CUUGAAAUGUCGAACUUCUCACCGUCUGAAGAUUAUCGGAUCUGUGCGUAGAUACAAAUAUAAUGUAUGUAACCUGAUUGAGUAGCUAUAUUAUUAGCAGAUGACGAUAGGUUGGAUUUGGAUAAGAUAUAACAUAGAAGCGCGUUAUCUUGCGUUCGCAUUUCCGAAUGCUAGAAAAAUACUACCAUACUAUUGUACACAUACCUUGUCACGAUUCUUGAAGAAGUUUAACACCGGCUUUUUUUUUAUUGGUCGAAAUUGUAAAGGCAGUCCAACGUUGGACGUGGGUGUGCUCGUUUUAACACAAUUAUGUGUUGCCACAUUCGCUCUCUAAUUCUACUGGAUUGUUCGUGGAAUACAAAUUUAUCGAAGAGUGCCGAUCAAAUUAUCGACAAUUAAAACUGGAAGGAUUUGCUUCAGGCGCCGCUAUCUCCGAAUCUGAAGAAUACUAAGCUGAACCAAAAAUGGAACUACUAGGGGUGAAAUUCGCUCCGUUGAAUACGCCGCUCGAGAGGCGACUUCAAACUUUAGCUGCAGCAGCGUGGAUUAUGAUGCUUGUAUUCGGCGGGUGUGCCGGCUGCGUCAUUACAGCAUUAAUUAUUUUCUAUACCACUACGUUGAGAUAUUUUAUAAUUCUUUAUAUCGCGUGGUAUUUUUUCUUCGAUCUCGAUACUUGUGAAAAAGGGGGACGAAGUGAUUCGUGGAUUUUAUGGAUGCGUAAUCACGCAUGGUGGCAUUACUUUUGUGCAUAUUUUCCAAUAAAAUUAGUCAAGACGGCCGAGUUGGAUCCGUCGAAAAAUUAUCUACUAUGUGCGUUUCCACACGGUGUUUUAUGUACCGGUGCUUUCGGUGCUUUUGCAACGGAUGUUUUAGAAUUUCAUAAACUGUUUCCGGGAUUACGAGUCAGAAUGCUAACUCUGAGACAGCAUUUCAACAUGCCCCUGUUCAGAGAGUUCGUUUACAGCUUCGGUGCUUGCAGCGCUAGUGCGAAAAGUAUAGAACACCUAAUUUCGGUACCGGGUGGCGGAAGAGCGACCGUUCUAGCGGUCGGCGGAGCUUCCGAGUCUCUAAAAUGUAAGCCGGGAACUUAUAGAAUUAUAUUGAAACGGCGAAAGGGUUUUGUGAGGAUCGCUUUAAAGCACGGAACACCUCUGGUCCCUGUUUUCUCAUUCGGAGAAACGGAUCUCUACAGCCAAGUGGAUAACCCCGAAGGAUCGUACUUGAGAUCGAUCCAAGAGAUGCUGCGUAAAUUUACAGGAAUCGCUCCCGUCUUGCCGAUUGGUCGAGGACUGUUUCAGUACUCGUUUGGAAUCAUACCGCAAAGAAGGCCCGUUACGGUGGUCGUUGGGGAGGCGUUGGAUGUGCCAAAAAUUCCUGAACCAACCCGCGAGCAAAUCGACGAUUAUCACACCAAGUUCAUUGAAAAAUUGGUUCAUCUUUUCGAAACAAAUAAAGAAAAGUACUUAAAAAACGCCGAAAACACUCAACUGAUUAUAGACUAAAUUAUUGAGGUAAUUUGCAAAAAUUCAUGAUCGUAAAUUAGUUAUCUGUUGUUUUUUCUUCUGUUUUGUAAAAUGUGUGAAUCGAUACGGUGGAUAUUUCCCAUAUGUCGGGGAAGUUUGUAGUUAGCGUUUGAUUAGGAGUUACGUGAACAUUGGUGUCAGACGUUUUAUCGUUUGAAAAGCAAACCCGGAACCACGGGGUGGUUGAAUAUUAUGAUGUGCUAAUUGUGAACACGUAAUCAUUUGCAAAUUAAUACAUCAAUUGCAAUAAAUCGAAAAAAGUUGCAUAAUGAUUAAGAAUAUUGAAACGAUAGAGUCCAAUAUCAAACAUAUUUAGAAAUAAGAAUUUGUACAUUUUAAUACAUCGCCGUUAUCUGCGAAUGUCGAAUAUUUAUAUCACUGGUUAUUAGGUGUUGUAGCCGUUGAGUUUGGGACCUCUUCGAACUUUGUAAAAUAUUUUUUUACCAGUCAAUAAUCAUAAGGUAUGGUGAAAAAACAUAUCAAUUGUUUAACCUGUUAUUCCACUUAUGUUGUCAAGUAAUAAAUUUGUUAUAAAAAAAAAA